AUGGGUUGCCGUGGAUGGAAAUCAGCGUACUUGAACCCGAAAAAGAAAGCUUUUGUCGGGGUGGCGCCGACCAAUUUGCAUCAAAUGCUUGUGCAACAGAGGAGAUGGUCGGAGGGAGACUUCCAGGUUCUGCUGUCAGAGUAUAGUCCGGUCUCAAGCUUGUGGUUUGUCCCGUUUGGGUACGUGACUGUCGCAGCUAAUGCGUAUAGCCUAGCAGAGUUCUUGUGGUGCGGAGGAACGUUCCGUGGAUGGUGGAACGAGCAAAGGAUGUGGCUUUACAGAAGAACAAGCUCGUUUCUUUUCGGAUUCAUAGACACGAUUCUGAAGAGGCUUGGGGUUUCGGAGUCUGCGUUUGUGAUCACAGCGAAAGUAGCAGAAGAAGAAGCAGCAGAGAGAUACGAGGAAGAGGUGAUGGAGUUUGGAGUGGAGUCUCCGAUGUUUCUCCUCCUCGGAACACUCGGGAUGCUCUAUCUCUUUUCCUUCUCCGCCGCAGCGGUUACGAGACUCAUGAUGACUUCUAGAGACGGCGGCGGUUUUCAGACCAUGGGUUUGCAGUUUGUGAUAACAGGAGUACUCGUGGUCUUAAACUGGCCAUUAUACGAAGGCAUGUUGUUGCGGAAGGACAAGGGGAAGAUGCCAAUGAGCGUGACAGUUCAAUCUGUUGUCUUAGCUUUAUCUGCCUGCACUUGUAUUGCGUUUUUGUGA